UGAUUAUUGAAUUGUGAGUCUAAAAAAUAAAAAAACCCAGCUUCAUUCCUUCUUUGUGCUCUGAAUGUUCGUGAAGCCCCUCGACACACACGUGUUUACGAGCUGGGCUGUUUUAGCACCACACCUACCAGGUUGUAAGAGGAGUAUGCAGCACACAGCUGUGUGUGAAUAACAACUGAACCAAAGCUGUCUGUCUCCAAGUCCUCUGAUUGUAAAGAUGCUGCAGACGGGGAUCCUGUUUCUGGUUCUGCUGGGCCUGAGCUCGGCGCUGGUCUGUCCGGAUGGAGGCAUGUGUGAGGACAAAGACACCUGCUGCAAGAACACAGCGGGAGGAUACGGAUGCUGUCCACUACCACAUGCUGAAUGUUGUUCGGACCACCUCCACUGCUGCUUUGAGGGGACGGUCUGUGAUCUCGUCCACUCCAGAUGUGUUAAUAAGACCGUUUCACUGCCCUGGAUGAGACGUCUUCCCACCAAACAGGCCCCACUCGUUCCUCAGCUCGGGGAGAAAGUAAAGGCAAUCAUUUGUCCGGACCAGGAGUCCGAGUGUCCCGACCACACCACUUGCUGCCAGGUUCUUGACGGCUCAUGGGGCUGCUGUCCAUUACCAGAGGCGGUGUGUUGUGAGGAUAAACUCCACUGUUGCCCUGAGGGAACAAAGUGUGAUCUGGCUCACUCAAAGUGUGAGACGUCCUCACUGAAGUCCUUCCCCAUGCUGGAGAAACUGCCUGCCAGGAGGAGGGAGAAUAAUUCAGCCCCAAUAGUCGGUUCAGUGUUGUGUCCUGGUGGGACAAGCAGCUGCCCAGAUAGUUAUACAUGUUGCCUUCAAACCAGUGGAGACUACGGCUGCUGCCCUUACGAGCAGGCCAUGUGCUGCAGCGAUUAUCUCCACUGUUGCCCUAGCGGCACAAUAUGUGACCUGGAGCAUUGGGUCUGCAAGUUUGGUGAGACGAGCAUGCCUCUGAUGAAGAAGAUCGCCGCUGUGCCCAAUGACGUUAAGUGUCCAGACAAGACAUCAGCUUGUCUGGACCAGACGACGUGCUGCAAGAUGACUGACGGCACGUAUGGCUGCUGUCCUAUGCCCAACGCCGUCUGCUGUUCAGAUCACUUCCACUGUUGUCCUGAAGGCACAGAGUGUGACCUCGUCCACAGCGCCUGUGUGUCCGCUCGCGGAGAGACCUCCAUGACCGUGAAGAUCCCCGCCGCCGUGAAGACGCUGGUGAAAGUUCAGAGCAAAGUCGGUGCCGUUUCCUGCAACGGCUCGGUGACCUGCGCCGACGGAGACACCUGCUGCAAAUCGCCAGUGGGACAAUGGGCCUGUUGUCCUCUACCUGAGGCCGUGUGUUGUGAGGACCACCUCCACUGCUGUCCACGCAGCACCGUUUGUGACCUCGAGGCCUCCACAUGCCUCAGUGCCUGGGGCGGCACCGUGAUGCCGUGGGUCGACAAAGUGCCUGUCUUCCCGUUAAUCACCGGUAAGAACAAGUGUGACGAGUCCAAGUCCUGCCCCGUAAAAUACACCUGCUGCAAGACGGAGAGUGGACGCUGGGCCUGCUGUCCUCUGCCUCAGGCCGUGUGCUGCGAUGACCACACCCACUGCUGCCCUCACAAUACCGUCUGCAACCUGGAGGCUGAGACCUGUGACGACCCGUCAGGUCUCCUGCCUUCCCUCCGCUGGGUGGAGAAAGUGUCGGCUCUGACCUCAGAGGUGGAGAAAGAGAAGUGUGACAAGCAGACGAUGUGUCCUGGAGGCACCACCUGCUGUAAGAAAGACUCCGGACAGUGGGCCUGCUGCCCCUUACCUCAGGCCGUGUGCUGCAACGAUCGUGAGCACUGCUGCCCCAAAGGCUACAAAUGCAACGUGGCUGAUCAGACGUGUGAUAAGCCCGGCGGCCUCAGCCUGCCCUGGCUGCAGAAGAUACCGGCCCUGCAGAGCGGGCCCAGUGUGGCCCUUUCCAGUCCAACCAGUCCGUCCAGGAACAUGUGUGACGCCCAGACCAGCUGCCCCAAAGACACGACCUGCUGCUUCAUGGACAAAACCCACAAAUGGGGCUGCUGCCCGCUGCCCAAGGCGGUGUGUUGUGAUGAUGGAAACCACUGCUGCCCCAGCGGGCACACCUGCGAGCCUCACCGCUCCUCCUGCUCAAAGGGACCCCACGUUGUCGUACCCUGGUUCUCCAAACUGAGCGCCCUGAGCGAGGCGAGCGCCGUGACGGACGUCAAAUGCGACGACAAGAGCAGCUGCGCUUCAGGAACGACCUGCUGUAAGCUGCAGACGGGAGAGUGGGGCUGCUGCCCGCUGGUCAAGGCGGUCUGUUGUGCCGACCACGAGCACUGCUGUCCUCAGGGCUACACCUGCAACAUGCAGACCGGCACAUGUGAGAAGAAGAACCACGACGCCCUCGUCCUCACCCUCCCUCAGCUCAGAGUGGAACAGUCCAAACCCAGAGACACCGAGGACGACGAGGACGUACCGUGUGACGUCACGGGGGAGUUUCACUGCCCCAAGAGGGACACCUGCUGUAAGGUGUCGGCCUCAGAGUGGGCCUGCUGCCCCUCACCAAGGGCGGUCUGCUGCUCCGACUCAAAGCACUGCUGUCCCGCUGGAUUCUCAUGUGACCUGAAGGUCGGAGGUUGCUCUCCGGACGCCCAGCUGACCUGGGACACUCUGAUCGGGGACAGAAGGAAAGACUUUGUCCCGCGUGGACUUUAAUCCCUCUCAUAGGUGCUCUGAUCUGCCUCAGUGUUUUUUUUGGAGGUGGCUGAUGAAGAGGAGACUCUGUGGCAGUGAAGGCAUUAUAAUGAAGUAGAUGCACUUUGAUCAGGUGACGGCUGACACUUGUUUUGUUAUUUCAACAUGUAUAAAACAGUGUGCAGGAGAUUUCUUUUCAUGUUUUGCGCCAGACAGGAAGGAAACGCAUCAUGAUCCCACUCGCAUUAGUGUUACUCCAUAUUUGUCUUAUUGUCAACAAAUCCAGUGCAAAGAUCAAAACUUUAAUGUGUUACUUUGUCCGAUUGGUUUCUGCUGAAGAAGAAAACCUUAAAAAAUGGGUCACAAAUAUAUCUAGUUUCUUAUAUUUUCUGUGAUUGUUUCAAACACCCUGAAGAUAAAGUUGGACCGGGAGCUUCUAUUUGACCAUUUAAAGGUUCCAUGUUAGUUCUGGUUCAGCAGAGAUCGCUCUGUUUAUCCUCCCAACGCAAUUUAGUUUGUGUUUCAUUGGGUUUUUGUUCUAAAUAGAUAAAAUGCAGAUAAAUAAGUUGGUGGUAAUAGACUGGUUUCCUUGAUGACCUUUAAAAAGCAGUACGUUGUUGUUGUUGUUGUUGUUGUUGUUGGGGGAAACGUUCAAGGUAAAUAAAGUUGUAUGAUAAUUAUUUAGCUUUUUCUGUUCAGUCAUUAAUUUUAUGGGACCUCGUUCCGUCUGCAGACCACUGCUUUUAAACCUCAAUGUUUUAGUUUUUUUUAAUCUGGGACAUUUCGCAUGUACUGAAGUCUUUCCUCCAUAAAUUGUGCAGCUUAAAAAUCGGCUCACACAUUUAUAGUUUCAUUUUUAAUAAAGGCUCAGUAAUGUCCCAAAA